AUGGUCCCUCCCCGAGAGUCCUGCUGUUCAGUGGCUUGUACUGAGCUCCGGCUGACCUCCCCAGGGCUGGGGGUGGGGGUGCGAGGACUUUGUCUUUUUCCCUUCCCGGGCCUGAGACGAGUCUCUGCCUCUGCAGUGGCAGGCGAUGCCAAAGAUAAAGACAUCUCCUGGUUCUCCCCCAAUGGAGAAAAACUCACCCCGAACCAGCAGCGGAUCUCUGUGGUGUGGAACGAUGAUUCCUCCUCCACGCUCACCAUCUACAACGCCAACAUCGAUGACGCCGGCAUCUACAAGUGCGUGGUCACCGGCGAGGACGGCGGCGAGUCUGAGGCCACGGUCAACGUGAAGAUCUUCCAGAAGCUCAUGUUCAAGAAUGCACCAACCCCGCAGGAGUUCCGGGAGGGGGAGGACGCGGUGAUCGUGUGCGACGUGGUCAGCUCCCUCCCCCCGACCAUCAUCUGGAAGCACAAAGGCCGAGAUGUCAUCCUGAAAAAAGAUGUCCGCUUCAUAGUCCUGUCCAACAACUACCUGCAGAUCCGAGGCAUCAAGAAAACGGAUGAGGGCAUUUAUCGCUGUGAGGGCAGAAUCCUGGCACGGGGGGAGAUCAACUUCAAGGAUAUUCAAGUCAUCGUGAAUGUGCCGCCCACUGUGCAGGCCAGGCAAAGCGUAGUGAACGCCACUGCCAACCUCAGCCAGUCCGUCACCCUGGUGUGCGACGCCGAGGGCUUCCCAGAGCCCACUAUGAGCUGGACAAAGGAUGGGGAACAGAUCGAGGAGGAAGAGGACGAGAAGUACUUCUUCAGCGACGACAGCUCUGAGUUGACCAUCAGGGAGGUGGUUAAGGACGAUGAGGCCGAGUAUGUCUGCAUCGCUGAGAACAAGGCCGGCGAGCAGGAUGCAGCCGUCCACCUCAAGGUCUUCGCAAAACCCAAAAUCACGUACGUGGAGAACCAGACUGCCAUGGAGCUGGAGGAGCAAGUCACUCUGACCUGUGAAGCCUCGGGGGACCCCAUCCCUUCCAUCACCUGGAGAACCUCCACCCGAAACAUCAGCAGUGAAGAAAAGGCCUCGUGGACUCGACCAGAGAAGCAAGAGACCCUGGACGGGCACAUGGUGGUGCGCAGCCAUGCCCGCGUGUCAUCCCUGACCCUGAAGAGCAUCCAGUACACGGACGCUGGGGAGUACAUCUGCACUGCCAGCAACACCAUCGGCCACGACUCUCAGGCCAUGUACCUGGAAGUGCAAUAUGCCCCCAAGCUGCAAGGCCCCGUGGCGGUGUACACAUGGGAGGGAAACCAGGUGAACAUCACCUGCGAGGUGUUUGCCUAUCCCAGCGCCACCAUCUCAUGGUUCAGAGACGGUCAGCUGCUGCCAAGCUCCAACUACAGCAAUAUCAAGAUCUACAACACGCCCUCAGCCAGCUACCUGGAGGUCACCCCAGACUCGGAAAACGACUUUGGAAACUACAAUUGCUCUGCCGUGAACCGCAUCGGGCAGGAGUCCUUGGAAUUCAUCCUGGUUCAAGCAGACACCCCGUCCUCCCCGUCCAUCGACCAGGUGGAGCCGUACUCUAGCACGGCCCAGGUGCAGUUUGAUGAGCCGGAGGCCACAGGUGGAGUGCCCAUCCUCAAGUACAAGGCUGAAUGGAGAGCCAUGGGCGAGGAAGUCUGGCAUUCCAAGUGGUAUGAUGCCAAAGAAGCCAACAUGGAGGGCAUCGUCACCAUCAUGGGCCUGAAGCCAGAGACCACGUAUGCCGUGCGCUUGGCAGCCCUCAACGGCAAGGGGCUGGGCGAGAUCAGCGUGGCCUCCGAGUUCAAGACGCAGCCAGUCCACAGCCCUCCACAAGGGGAACCCAGUGCACCCAAGCUGGAAGGACAGAUGGGAGAGGAUGGAAAUUCUAUUAAGGUGAACCUGAUCAAGCAGGAUGACGGCGGUUCCCCCAUCAGACACUACCUGGUCAAGUACCGCUCGAAGCUCUCCUCCGACUGGAAACCAGAGAUCAGGCUCCCCUCCGGCAGUGACCACGUCAUGCUCAAGUCCCUGGACUGGAAUGCCGAGUAUGAGGUCUCCGUGGUGGCCGAAAACCAGCAGGGGAAAUCCAAGGCUGCCCAUUUUGUGUUCAGGACCUCAGCCCAGCCCACUGCCAUCCCAGCCAACGGGAGCCCUACCGCCGGCCUGAGCACCGGGGCCAUCGUGGGCAUCCUGAUUGUCAUCUUCGUCCUGCUCUCGGUGGUUGUGGACGUCACCUGCUACUUCCUCAACAAGUGUGGCCUGUUCAUGUGCAUCGCCGUCAACCUGUGCGGGAAAGCCGGGCCUGGGGCCAAGGGCAAGGACAUGGAGGAGGGCAAAGCUGCCUUCUCGAAAGAUGAGUCCAAGGAGCCCAUUGUGGAGGUGCGGACGGAGGAGGAACGGACCCCAAACCAUGAUGGAGGGAAACACACAGAGCCUAAUGAGACCACGCCCCUGACGGAGCCUGAGCUGCCUGCUGACACCACAGCCACUGUGGAAGACUUGCUGCCUUCGGCCACCACCGUCACCACUAACUCUGACACUGUCACCGAAACCUUUGCCACUGCUCAGAAUAGCCCCACCAGUGAGACCACCACCCUCACCUCCAGUAUUGCCCCCCCAACCACAGCCAUGCCGGACUCAAAUUCCGUGCCCGCUGGCCAGGCCACCCCCCUCAAGGGGCCCGCAGCCUCCUCCCCACCUCCCGCUUCUGCCCCCAAAGUCGCCCCCCUUGUUGACCUAAGUGACACCCCGGCCUCAGCCCCUGCCGCUAACAAUUUGUCUUCUAGUGUCCUGGCCAACCAAGGGGCUGUCCUCAGCCCAAGCGCCCCUGGCAGUGUGGCCGAGGCCACCAAGGCCCCUCCUGGGAGCAAGCCAGCCCCCAGCCCGGCCCCCGCCCCAACUGGGGCAGGUAGUCCCCUAGCAGCAGUGGCUGCCACUGCCACAGAAGCCCCCCAACCCAAGCAGGAGGCUCCCAGCACCAAAGGCGCGGACCCAGAGCCCACCCAGCCCGGCCGCGCGAAGAGCCCAGGGGUGGCGGCGGAGGCAGCCCUGGCUAGCCCGAAGACAGAGGCAGCCUCCGCCAGCGCCACAAACCCGUCCCAGGGCGAGGACUUUAAAAUGGACGAAGGGAACUUCAAGACCCCAGAUAUUGACCUUGCCAAGGAUGUUUUUGCCGCCCUGGGCUCUCCUGCUCCCGCUGCCGGGGCCGGUGGACAAGCCCCUGAGCUUGCCCCUUCCACCGCAGACAGCUCUGUCUCUCCUGCACCAGCAAAGACCGAGAAGGGCCCCGUAGAAGCGAAGUCGGAGAGCCAGGAGACAGAAACGAAGCCAGCGCCGCCAGCGGAGGUCAAGACGGUCCCCAACGACGCCCCACAGACAAAGGAGAGUGAGAGCAAAGCAUGAUGGGUGACAGCAGCAAGCAACGAUCAAAAUACAGAGUGACACAACUUCACCAGAGCAUUUCCAAUGUCACGCACACACACACCAAACGCGCGCGCGCACACAUCUCAUUCCUCUAGUGUCUUUUGCCUUUUAAAAAUAAUAACUAAACAGAUAAACACAGAAUCUCCUUUCUGCGGAUUGACAGAGAGGGUCCCUUUACCACGCACUCACUUGUAAGAAAACAAGCGAGAAAAUUACACCCACAGCUAAACUAGGACACUUCGUUCCCUGAGACUGUUUAGAAACCCAGCAAAAAGGACCCCAAAUUAAGAAUCCAUGUAGGUCCACGAGGACCACUCUUGGUCUCACCCCAAUUGGCCGACAGACCCGUUUCAGAGAGAGCAGCGACCGGGCUCGAAGACAGACCGAGAUGAACCAAGUCCGCAGUUUAUUUUUCUACUUUCCGCCGAGUUCGAACUCUGUAAAAGCUCAUAAAUAAGGUACCAUUUCUGCCCA